AUGGGGUCUCCUCGUCUCGCACAAGGCUACAAUGCGUACACCAGGAAUUCUGUGAGCUGCACCAAAAGCAUCAGGCGAAGAAGGCUGCCGAGACCACAAACUCCAUAUGUUACGACACAUGCAUCAUGGGUAGUCAUGAUUGACAUCUCCGCUGCGUACCUGAUACGAGAGGAGAUCGCAGCGAAGUCCGAAUACACCUUCCGCCUCAACAUCGGAAGAAUCGUCGAGCUCAGUCGAUCGCGUCUAGAAGACUCUAAGAGUUCCACUCGUACGUCCUGGGCCUUUAUAGACUGGCACCAUACGGGAGAGUUGCUCGUCAUCGUGCGCGGGGAGCAUUGUGGGCUGUAG